AUGUUCAGCCACACUGUUGCAGUCUUUCCCGCCUCUGGAGGCAUUGGAGGCAGCACUGUUAAGCAUCUGCUCCCUCGUCUCUCGCCAAAAGAUCUCGUGUUUGUCGCUCGGCAGCCCGAAAAGCUAGAAUCGGCGUCCGCAGCUGGCGCGACGCUUCGCCGGGCGGAUUACGAUGACGACAACAGCCUCGAGCGCGCAUUUGACGGAGUUCGUACGCUCUUUUUAAUUUCGUACGCCUCUGUUGAACAUGAGUACCGGACCAAUCGCCACCAACGUGCGAUCGAUGCGGCAAUCCGCAGCGGUGUCAAAUACAUUUUCUACGGAUCGCUGGGCUAUGGCGGCAGCCCCCAGAACAAAGAGUCGGUGGCUCAUGUUAUGCAGGCCCAUUUAGACACAGAAAGAUAUUUGGACGAUUGUACCCGCCGACAUCCUGGCUUCGGAUAUACCGUGGUUCGUGAAGGUCUGUAUUCCGAGUCAUAUCCACUAUACACGUCCUUCUUUGACCCCAAGAAUCCGGUUGAUGCGAUACGAAUCCCGCACGAUGGCUCCGGGCCGGGUAUUGCCUGGGUGAAACGGGAGGAGCUGGGAGAGGGCACCGCUGAGCUCUUGGCGCGAUUCAUGAAGGAUCCUAACGGUUUCAAGUACCGCCAGCAGACCGUUUUGCUAUCCGGGUCCAAGGCACUCACCCUGAAGGAAACUGUGGAUGUUUUGGGUAAGGUGGCUCAGCGGCCGGUAAAAAUCCUCCCAGUCUCAGUUGACGAGUUUGCGGCUCUACCCCAGAAUCCAGCGAACUUCACCUACCAUGGCGUAGACCAUUCGAAGGUAUGGUCUUCGGCUUUUGAAGCUUUCCGCUGUGGCGAGGGGGCAUAUGUGUCGCCCUUGCUGGGAGAACUGUUAGGCCGGGAACCGGAGGACUUUGAGACAACCGUUUCGCGGCAGUAG